GCCUCGUCGCCCUCUCUGGCUCUCCAAUCGCUGGCGCUGAGCUUCCUUGUUUACUUAUUUAGAGCCCAGCAGAGGAAGUGGUAAAGGAAACUUGCUGAGUCGUUUUCUGAGAAGAGACCAUAUUUGUUCGCAGAGGAAGCGUUGCUUUCUGGGAUUUGGCUGCAGCAGCAAAGUCGUUGGCCCCAACAAGGCCGUUCCAGAGGGUAACUGGGAGUUGGAAGAGCAAAGGACACCGCCACACUCUGGAUUUGGGGUUCUCUGUCUAUGGGCGCCACACCCACGCUCAGCUCGUGAGCUUCCUCCCAGGAGAGCAGCCAUGGCAUUGAGAAACGUGCCCUUCCGCUCAGAGGUCCUGACCUGGGACCCCGACAGCCUCGCAGACUAUUUCAGGAAGUUGAACUACAAGGACUGUGAAAAGGCCGUGAAGAAGCACCACAUUGAUGGACCGCGUUUUUUGAACCUGACAGAAAACGACAUCCAGAAGUUCCCUAAGCUCCGGGUGCCGAUUCUCAGUAAGUUAAGUCAAGAAAUCAACAAGAAUGAAGAGAGGAGGAGCAUUUUCGCACCACGCAAGCCCCAGGUCCAGCGGUUUCCUGAAGAAAUAGAAAGCCACGAGGAAGACAACGGGGGCUGGUCGUCCUUUGAAGAUGAUGACUAUGAGAGUCCCAAUGAGGAUCAGGAUGCUGAGGAUGAUGGUGACUAUGAGUCCCCCAACGAGGAGGAAGGGGCGCCCAUAGAAGACGACGCCGAUUACGAGCCCCCACCCUCCAAUGACGAGGAAGCCCUGCAGAACUCCAUCCUGCCUGCCAAGCCGUUCUCCAACUCCAACUCCAUGUACAUUGAUCGGCCCCUCUCUGGGAAAUGCCCGCAGCAGCCACCGGUGCCCCCCCAGAGACCGACGGCCGCCCUCCCUCCCCCGCCUGCCAGCCGCAGCCACACGCCCCUCCCCCCACCCCAGCCCAACCACGAAGAGCCUGGCAGAAGCAGAGCCCACAAAACAGCCAAGCUCCCUGCUCCUUCCAUAGACAGAAGCAAGAAGCCUCCCCUCGAUCGUUCAUUAGCGCCUUUUGACAGAGAGCCCUUCCCGCUAGGAAAGAAACCGGUGCUUUCUGACAAGCCCUCGACCCCAGGCAGGCCACUGGUGGAGAAUUUGCCCAGGAUACAAAAGCCUCCUUUACCGCCGACCACGGAGAGAUACGACAGAAGUAGCCCCCUGACAGUGAAGAAGCCCCCUGUGCCAAAGCACGGAUGGGGACCAGACAGGAGAGAGAAUGAUGAAGAUGAUGCGCACCAGAGACUGCCGCCCCCGCCAGCGCUGCUCUCCAUGAGCUCCAACACCUUCCCUUCGAGGUCCACCAAGCCAUCGCCCAAGCACUCCCUGCCCUCGUCUCACCUGUCAGGAGCUUUCUCUGAGAGUAACAGCAGUUUCCCGCAGAGCGCCUCCCUGCCACCAUACUUCUCCCAAGGUUCCAGUGGCAGACUGCCUCCCAGACCUGACGGCAGGAACAUUUCCUUGUCGAUUCCAGGCAAGCCUCGACCUCAGUCCCCUGCGGAAGCAGAGAAUUCAUUAAAUGAAGAGUGGUACGUUUCUUAUAUUACCCGACCAGAGGCAGAAGCUGCUCUUAGAAAGAUAAACCAGGAUGGCACUUUUCUGGUCCGAGACAGCUCUAAGAAAACAGUAACCAAUCCGUACGUCCUCAUGGUGUUAUACAAAGAUAAAGUUUACAACAUCCAGAUCCGUUAUCUGGAGGAAAGCCAAGUUUACAUGUUGGGGACUGGACUCCGAGGGAAGGAGGACUUUCUGUCUGUGUCAGAUAUUAUUGACUACUUCCGGAAAAUGCCGCUUCUGCUCAUCGAUGGGAAAAACCGGGGUUCCAGAUACCAGUGCACAUUAACGUAUUCUGCAGCUUACCCGUAGCAAGCCAGCCAAGCAAGCGACCUUCCUCCUGACUGUCGGCAGCCCAGCGGCUUCAGUCAACCCUGACAACUGGACGGGUACUUAGGUCUGAAGCGAACCCCUCGACGUGAACACAAGGGUUUAAGAAAGGAUCUGAAAUGAAGGCUGUCAAGUAUCCCAUAAUUUAUUUAUUCUUCUUCAGUGUUUGCAAAGUGCAGGAGUAAUUAUGUUCACACUUGAAGUCUAAGUAGUGCACUGUAUAAUUCAUACAAAUAACGUGUAUUUUUGGUACCCACUUCAAAGAACAGUUUACACAGCUACAAAAAUAAUUUGGGGCAAGUUUCAAAACACUUAUAAACAGUAAUAGUUUUUGUUAUCCCAUAAAACUGAUUUGUUUUAUAGCCAAACUUUUUAUCAGUCAGGGGCAACCAUCACUUUUAUAUGUAUAAUUUGAAAAUCACUAAAAUUAACUUUCUCAACAGCAAUAAUUUAAAAGGCUUCAAAAAUAUUUCAUCCUUUCUUAUUUGGUGUUUCUUUUUUGU